GCUCUGCGGUUCCAGUGUCGCUACCGCUGCAGUCCAGGUGGGGGUGCCAGAUCUGUAACUGUGGUUCUCCAACCGCAGUAAAGCGAAGACGAAGAAGAUUCCGUUCUGCUCCACAUUGUCGUCACAGAAACAACCAGAAGAGCUCUUGCAAAUCUUCUCCUAGUGUCAACUUUCCUGCAGAGUUUAAACACACCAAUAGAGGAAAACAUCCCACUGCAGAAAUCAGGAGAGAAUAGGAGUGAGAACAUGGCUUCUAGAGGAAGGACCACAGCUCAACUGUCACCCUCUGAUUCUCUCCUCGCAAAUACAUCUUUCAGACAAAUGCAGAAAGAUACAAGCAGAGAGAGACCGUAUCACUGCCCAGAGUGUGGAAAGACUUUUAAUCAGCGUGCUCAUCUCCUGCGACACCAGCGUGUUCACACUGGAGAGAAGCCAUAUCAGUGUUCGGAGUGUGGAAGGAGGUUUAGUGUACAGAGUAGUCUCCAGAGGCAUCAGCACAUCCACACAGGAGAUAAACCCUAUCGCUGCUCAGAAUGUGGGAAGAGAUUUAUUCAGCAACGUAAUCUGCAGGUACACCAGCGCAUUCACACUGGAGAGAAACCGUAUGAGUGCUCAGAGUGUGGAAAGAGGUUUAGUGAUGGGUGUAACCUUAAAACUCACGAACGCAUUCACACAGGAGAGAAACCGUAUCGUUGCUCCAUGUGUGGAAAGGCGUUUAAUCAGCAUAGUCACCUUCAGCUACAUCUGCGCAUCCACACGGGAGAGAAACCUUAUCAGUGCUCAGAGUGUGGAAUGAGGUUUAAUAAUGGAUGUAAUCUCAAAACACACCAACGUAUUCACACUGGAGAGAGACCGUAUUGCUGUUCGGAUUGUGGGAAGAGUUUUACCCUACGGAUACAUCUGCGAGUACACCAACGUAUUCACACUGGAGAGAAACCGUAUCAAUGCUCAGAGUGUGGCAGGAGGUUUACUGCACAGAAUACUCUUCAGCUGCACCUACGCACUCACACAGGAGAGAAACCCUAUCGCUGUUCGGACUGCGGGAAGAGUUUUAGUGUUCCUGGUACUCUUCAACGACACCAGCGCGUUCACACUGGAGAGAAACCUUAUUUCUGCUCAGCUUGUGGAAAGAGUUUUACUUUACAGAGUCAUUUCCAACGACACCAGCGCGUUCACACUGGAGAGAAACCGUAUUACUGCUCAGAUUGUGGGCGGAGCUUCAGGCAUUCACACACUUUAAAAUUACACACGUGCGUGAAGAGGGAGCUAGAAGCUCAUGACACAUGCAGUGUAAUGGAGUGUCCACCUUUGGUCUGAGAAGGUUUCCCUGUAGACUUGUAACUUCACCACCAUCCGAUCAUGUCACCCAGCCAGCGCUGAUUGAUGGUAACAUUAGAGAAAGCAGAGAAAAAAUCUUGUUUUGGUUUCUGGUCAGAAACCUUUAAGCUAACAUUGUUCUUGGUGUGAUUUGGUAGUUUUUCCUAUAUUUUGGUAGUUGUUGCAAGUUUAGUAUAUUGUGCAUUCAUAUUAGGACUGCAUGAUGAAUAGCAUUUUUUAAGGUUACCAUGAUAAACAGGGGGUAAAGAGGGGGCGGGGGAAGCCCUGGUUCUCAGUGACUGAGUACAGACACAAAUCCUUGGUGAGAGAAAUUAAGCUUCUAUCUGCUGAUCUAAGGUGGUCAACUCCCUGCAUUGUUGGUUUGGCCCUUUGAUUGCCAUAUGGUCACAAAAUAACCCUCCAGGGUGGCAACCAUCAAGGAGUGUUGAUGUUCGCCAUCCUUGCAAGGAGUCGGCACCUUUGUCCUUUUGAUAGGGUAAUCAUCAUCCCCCUGUUUAACCCCCUCUUCCUAUCACCCUCAUCCCCCUCGCAUUCCCUUGCUUAACCCCCCUCUUCUUAUCACCCUCAUUCCCCUCGCUUACCCCCCCUAAAACUCCUUUUCCGCACCUUUAUCCUCCUCCCACAACUUCCAGUGUUUAUAAGGUUCUCCUAAAAUAUCCCUAGUCAGACUGGCUGUGAUAGACUGACUGCGAUCCACUAAGCUGUGCCCACAUUUCCUGUGUGUCAAUAAAAUCAAGUCUACGCUGAAGGUCUCCUGACUUCUAAUUCCUGAAAGCUGAAUUUCUAACAACUUGGUGCCGUGACCCAGAUGGCAUGCUGAAACCUGCUUGAACCACACAGCGGAGACGGUGUCCCCAUCCACUCAGAACACUGCAUGGACUUCUAGAUGCCUUGUUGACUCUUCAAGAAACGUGCAUCUCAAGAAAAUCUGCGCAGCUGAUUGGAGACAAGGACGAGACCUUGAGGACGACCUACCAAGCAACAGACGCCCCAGCUUACCCCCCCUAAAACUCCUUUUCCGCACCUUUAUCCUCCUCCCACAACUUCCAGUGUUUAUAAGGUUCUCCUAAAAUAUCCCUAGUCAGACUGGCUGUGAUAAACUGACUGCGAUCCACUAACCUGUGCCCACAUUUCCUGUGUGUCAAUAAAAUCAAGUCUACGCUGAAGGUC